AUGGUUAGCGUUUUCGCCGCGCAAGUCUUCUUCAUUGUCUUUCGAGAAUGUCUCGAGGCAUUAAUCAUCGUUUCGGUGCUUCUGUCUUUCCUCAAGCAAUCUCUCGGUCAGCCGGGCCAGGAUCCGACCAUAUAUAAACGACUGCGAAGGCAGGUCUUUAUGGGAUCUAUUGUGGGAGUUUUGGUUUGUAUAUGUAUCGGCGCUAUUUUCAUCGGUCUGUUUUACGGCUUGGGUCAUGAUGCGUGGUCCAAUUCGGAAGAUUUAUGGGAGGGUAUCUUUUAUGUGAUUGCCACAGUCAUGAUCACCGUUAUGGGACUCGCCCUCCUCCGCAUCAAUAAAAGCAAGCAGAAGUGGCGCGUCAAGAUUGCCAAGGCACUUGUUGAGAAGAAAAAGGGCAAAUCGCGGUGGAUGCGCAGUGACUGGGGACGGCGAUAUGCGAUGUUCAUCUUACCAUUCAUUACGACGCUGCGUGAGGGUGUCGAGGCUGUGGUCUUCGUUGGCGGCGUUUCCCUUGGAUAUCCAGCAACGGCCUUCCCCAUCCCCGUCAUCACCGGUAUAAUAGCUGGACUUCUCGUAGGCUGGCUCAUCUAUCGCGGUGGUAACGCAAUGUCGAUCCAAAUAUUCUUGAUCGCUUCAACCUGUGUGCUAUACCUUAUCGCUGCUGGCAUGUUCUCCAAGGCCGUUUGGAGUUUGCAGUACUAUCAAUUCGAGCGCGCAGUGGGUAGCGAUGUGUCUGAAGAGGGCUCCGGCCCAGGGUCAUACAACAUCCUCGAAACCGUGUGGCAUGUCAACUGCUGUAACCCCGAAACAGACAAUGGAUGGGAUGUAUUCCAGGCUAUUUUGGGUUGGCAAAAUACUGGCACUUAUGGCUCUGUUAUCAGCUAUAACUUGUAUUGGCUCUUCAUCAUUCUUUGUGUCUCAUGGAUGAUGUACGAAGAGAGAACCGGGGCUGUUCCGCUGACAAAACGAUUCUGGGCCUUGCUGGCUCGUGUACCGGGACUCAAAGGUCUUGCCAACAAGAAAUUGGAGGCUAUGAAUACCAGGGACGACAGUGCAGUGCGCCAGAUAAAUUCGUCCACGUUCCACGAGUCAGCACCGGUGGGUGUCGAGAUGGUAGGACCCCAGAAAGUGACCGAACUAGCCGACUAA